AUGCGCCGCCACCACGAACCAAUGCGCCUUCUGCAUCACGAUCAUGAUGGGGAGCUCGUUCUCACUGCGUUCGACGACUACGAGCAGCCAGCUUAUACUAUACUUUCACACACUUGGGGAAAGGACGAAGAAGAGGUUUCUUUCGCAGAUCUUAUGGAUGGUGGUGGAAAGGACAAACUUGGAUACAAUAAGAUUCGCCUCUGUGGAGAACAAACACGGCGGGAUGGAUUCCACUACUUCUGGGUUGAUACUUGCUGCAUCGAUAAGUCGGACAAGGUUGAGCUUUCCUUAGCUAUCCGGUCCAUGUUUCGCUGGUAUCAAGACGCGGCGAAGUGUUACGUGUACCUCUCAGACGUAUCAGCAAAGAAAAGGAAACUUGAUGGCAUGCUUACAGAAACGACGUUGGAACAUUCGCUGACGUCAAGUCGAUGGUUCACGCGUGGCUGGACGCUGCAAGAGCUCCUAGCUCCAAGCAUAGUUGAGCUGUUCUCUCAGGAAUGGAAAAGACUUGGAGAUAAGACGUCGCUCGGACCGCUGAUCAGUAAGAUAACUGGUAUACCACAGGAAGUGCUGCAAGGAUACUCUCUUGCCCAGUUCGAUAUUAGCGAGCGCCUGCGUUGGAGAGGCGACCGAAAAACUAAGCUGAAGGAGGAUAUGGCGUACUCGUUGUCAGGCAUCUGUGAUGUCGACAUCGCACCUCUGUAUGGCGAAGGAGAAGAAGAGGCAUUCAAGCGACUUCACAAAGAACUUCAGAAGCUAAAGGAUUGUUUGCGUGACUUGCGCCAGGGCGAUCCCAAGGAUGAUAAGAAACGAAUCGAGGAGACAAAGGGCGGACUGCUAGUAGACUCAUAUCGCUGGGUUCUCAGCAACGAUGCUUUCCAGCAAUUGCAACGAGACCCGCAAACGAAACUUCUAUGGGUAAAGGGCGACCCUGGAAAAGGCAAAACGAUGCUGCUUUGUGGGAUCAUUGACGAGCUACGCAUGUCGAUGCCUAACACGACUCUACUGUCAUAUUUCUUCUGUCAAGCGACAUUCUCUCAUCUCAACAGCGCUACGGCCGUGCUUCGAGGGCUGUUGUACAUGCUCAUAACUCAGCAACCAUUGCUUGCGUCGCACAUAUAUAAGAGACAUGAUCACGCAGGAAAGCGUCUAUUCGAAGAUGCAAAUUCUUGGGUUGCAUUGACGGACAUUUGGGUUGACGUGCUGCGAGAUCCCGGCCUGCGCAUGGGUUACUUGCUCAUCGAUGCGCUUGACGAAUGCACUACCGACCGGUCUAAGCUGCUGCGCUUCAUUGCUAUGCAGUCUUCUUCUUCAUCUCGUCUCAAAUGGAUUGUUUCUAGCCGGAACUGGCCAGAGAUAGAAAGAUCGCUAGAUCCAGCGGCUGGAAAAGUGCCCCUCAGUCUCGAGCUCAACGCGCACUCCAUCUCCGCAGCAGUCAAGACUUUCAUUAACACAAAGGUGUCCCGACUGGCAGAUGAGGAAAGAUACGACGAGCAAAUACGGAACGUUAUAUCAGAGUACUUGAGCGCAAAUGCAAACGACACAUUCUUGUGGGUCGCAUUAGUAUGUCAACAUCUCAAGGGCAUAGCAAAGCGGCAUGUCAUGAAGAAGCUCAAUUCCAUUCCGCUUGGGCUGACGCCAUUUUACGAACGUAUGUUGAGCGGGAUAAGCGAGUCAGAAGAUGCCGGAACCUGUCGUUGUGUGCUGGCCACUACCGCCAUCCUGUUGCGACCCGUCGUGAUCCAGGAGUUGACUGCAAUAGUUGAGCCCCUGGAGGAAUUCGCUGAUGAUCUCGAGACGGUCCGGGAGAUUGUCGAACUAUGUGGAUCUUUUCUCACCGUGAAAAAAGAUACAGUGUAUUUCGUCCACCAAUCUGCUCGGGACUUUCUAUUCACAAAUGCGAACGAUGAGAUAUUCCCAUACGGUAUCGAUAUCGCCCAUCAGGAGAUCUGCCGGAGGUCACUCGCAGUUCUGUCUCUUCAACUACACAGAGAUAUGUACAAGCUGGAAGCACCAGAUGCCUUCAUUGAUGAUGCUCAGCCGCCAGAUCCUGAUCCAUUAGUAGCAUUACGUUAUUC